AUGUUCUCUUUGCGGACAGCGCAGCCCGCGCAGUCUUUUCUCCGUCGCGCUACGGCGUCGACGUCUUUCGUUCGCUCUUCGAUCCCUGCGCGAUCGUUCGCCAGUGUCCAGUCCGACAUCUUCAAGCCCACCAAGUAUGGCGGCAAAUACACCGUCACUCUCAUUCCCGGUGAUGGUAUUGGUGCCGAGGUUUCCGAAUCGGUGAAAACUAUCUUCAAGGCCGACAAUGUACCCAUUGAGUGGGAACAGGUCGACGUCAGUGGUGUGGACACGGGCAACAAGCACUCGGAGGAGCUGUUCAAGGAAUCUAUUGCAUCGCUUCGCCGCAACAAGCUGGGUCUGAAGGGUAUCCUUUUCACCCCCGUCGAGCGUUCGGGUCACCAGUCGUUCAACGUGGCUCUGCGCCAAGAGCUCGAUAUCUAUGCCUCGAUUGUCUUGAUCAAAAACAUCCCCGGCUACGAAACUCGCCACAAGGAUGUCGAUCUUUGCAUCAUCCGUGAGAACACCGAGGGUGAAUACUCUGGCCUUGAGCACCAGUCUGUUCAGGGUGUUGUUGAGUCGCUGAAGAUCAUCACCCGCGCCAAGUCCGAGCGUAUCGCCAAGUUCGCUUUUGGAUUUGCCCUUGCCAAUAACCGCAAGAAGGUCACUUGCAUCCACAAGGCCAACAUUAUGAAGCUUGCCGAUGGUCUGUUCCGUAGCACCUUCCAUAAGACUGCAGAGAAUUACCCUACCCUGGAGGUCAACGACAUGAUUGUCGACAAUGCUUCCAUGCAAGCUGUCUCUCGGCCUCAGCAAUUCGACGUCAUGGUCAUGCCUAACCUCUACGGUGGCAUUCUCUCCAACGUCGGCGCUGCCCUUGUCGGUGGCCCGGGUUUGGUUCCUGGCGCCAACAUGGGACGCGACGUCGCUGUCUUCGAGCCUGGAUGCCGUCACGUUGGUCUGGACAUCAAGGGUAAGGACCAGGCUAACCCCAGUGCUAUGAUCCUGUCCGGUUCCAUGCUUCUCCGCCACCUCGGCUUGGACGACCACGCCAACCGUAUCUCCAAGGCUGUGUACGACGUGAUCGGUGAAGGCAAAACAAGGACUCACGACAUGGGUGGCCAGGCCACCACUCAUGAAUUCACCAGAGCUGUCUUGGACAAGAUGGAGACUCUGUAA